GUUUCAUUUCAAGUAAGACACCUUUACAAAGUAUCUAAGAGUUAGACUUUAUCCAACAGUUAGGAAGUAGGAGUAGAAAGUUUGUGAAAUUUGUGAAGCUCACCAGUUUGAGUAGAGUAUUGCUGUGAGAAGUAAAGCACACAAGAAGGAUGAAGGAAUCGGAGUUAAUGGAGAUGCUGGGGAAAAUUUCUGAUGCAAUCACCAAGCAAGAUGAAAAGUAUGUAGACAUGUUGAGGGUUUUGUACAGAGAUCUUGCAAAUGUUAAAACAGAAUUAGAGGAAGCUAAGUCUGCAUUUGAUUUAUUCAAAAGACUGAUAGCACCAGGAAUUUUGAAGCCAACAGACAUUUCUGUUUUGUUUGAAACAAUUGAACUGACUGGAUUGAAAUAUUUGAUAGAGAUAAUCAAGACAUAUGAGACAUAUCCUGAUGAAGUGAAGAUCACUCGAUUUACACCACAUCGUCAACAGGUUGUUGCUCUGGGAAAAGACUUUUCUGUUAAAGACCUUCAGAAGGUUGGUCAGUUGUAUGAAGGCAAUUUUUCUAACCCAUGGAAACUGAUUCAACAUCUUGAAGAUGCAUCUGUUCUAACUGAAAAUAGCAGGGAGGGCUGA